AUGGCGACAACAUUACAGAAUGGCGAUGCGAAAGAUGGCACCAAUGGCGACACUAGUGGCCCCAAGCUGACGAGGUUCUCUAACGUACCCGCGUCGAUUGAGGUCCCAGUGCAAGGUGACCAAGACGACGAAGCCGUCGAAAUCGAUCUCGAGGACCUUGGCGAUGACCCCACUGAGCUCUGCACGCUGUUUGAAAACGAACGAGCCGCGAAGCCCUACUGGAUGGCUGUGGCGCUUGCCUACGCCAAGCAGGGGAAAGUUGAUCAUGCCAUCGAGAUGCUGCAUCGUGGCAGCGUCGCCAUCCAGUCGAGCAUUGCAGCCCAAAAUGGAAACACGGGCCAACGCGACAAGGUCAGCAUGAUUUGCUGCCUGUGUUGGAUGUAUCUGUGGAAGAGUCGCGAGGCUCCUCGUGUCGCACCGGAAGGGACGCGGGUUUCAGAGGCCAAGACCAAGGACUACUACCUUCAACUGGCGACCUCCUCCUUGAACGACGCUGCCCGCCUCAAUCCUUCGUUUUCACCCAUGUAUCUCGCUCGAGGCGUCCUCCUCCUCCUAAGGGCUUCGCUCCAAGCCCCUCCCAAAACCGCUGGUGGCACAGGGUCAGAGAAGUUCGAACUGCUCAAGACGGCCGUCAAGGCCUUUGAAGAUGCGCUUCGUGUCUCGCAAGGCAAAAAUAUGCUUGCUUUGAUGGGGAAGGCACGUGCUCUCUAUUCGAUGCAAAAGUUCGCGGAUUCAUUGGCGAUAUACCAAGAUGUCCUACACAAAAUGCCCGACUUGAUCGAUCCUGACCCGCGCAUUGGUAUUGGAUGCUGUUUCUGGCAGCUUGGGUUCAAAGAUGAUGCCAAGGUUGCAUGGGAGAGAAGCCUGGAGCUCAAUCCGAACUCGAAGGUCGCCAACAUUCUGCUAGGGCAAUCGUAUCUUGAUGCCAGCGGUCACGUUCCAGUCAACAGCGAUGAGUUUCUGAAGCUUUACAAGAAGGCCAUGACUGAAUUCACCCAGAAGGCCUUCAAGCUAGACAAGGACCUUCCGCUCACAUGCUCGACCUUCGCGGGGUAUUUUCUUUCCAGGAAGGCUUGGGACAAUGCUGAGAAGCUUGCCCACAAGGCCAUUCAGUUCACAGAUGUCAAUGCCAUUGCCAGUGACGGCUGGUAUCUUUUAGCCCGCAAGGAGCACUAUGCUGGCAACACAGAAAAGGCCAGCGACUUCUACCGCCGUGCUGACGACGCCCGUGGUGGUGCAGAUACAGGCUAUCUCCCCGCCAAAUUCGGUGUAGCACAGCUGUCUGUGCUGAAAAAUGAACUGGGAGAAGCCAAGUUGCGCCUCGAAAAAAUGAUUCAGCAGUCGAAAAAUUACGAGGCAAUGAUACUGCUUGGAACAUUGUAUGCCGAGGAAAUCUUCGCCAGCCAAGACAGUGACAGCAAAGAGGACAAAGGCCCAGAAAUCAAGAAGGCAUUUUCCUUACUUGAAGGGGUCCGAAAUGCUUGGAAAGAUCCAAAAAAGAACUUAUCGCCCGAUGCCUCUGUCUUGCUGAAUCUGGCUCGCCUAUAUGAAUCAGAGAACCCCGAGAAGGCCCUCCAGUGUCUUCAGCAAGUGGAGCAGCUGGAGCUUGACCAAAUUCCAGAUUCAGAGUACCCGAAGGAUAUCACCGACGAGAACGAGAUUCGCUCUUCACUUCGAAAGUUUCUCCCCCCUCAGCUUCUAAAUAACAUCGGUUGCUUCCAUUCUCAGGCAGAGAAGCAUGAGCAAGCCAGUGAAAUGUUUGAGGCAGCUUUAGAGGCCUGUGUUCUAAUUGGCGAAAGAGAUUCGACUGCGGAUACAGAUGGGUUGGUCUCCACAAUUAGUUUUAACUUGGCCAGGAGCUAUGAAUCAAGGGGGAUGACAGACAAGGCUAUUGAAGUCUACAACGGGCUGCUCGCCAGGCAUGACGACUACACCGAUGCCCGUGUCAGGCUUGCCUACAUUAAGCUGCGCAAGAAUCCAAACAAGGAGGGCCCGGACGCGGUUGCGAAACUCUAUCAAGAGAAUACAUCCGAUUUGGAAGUCCGAGCACUCUUCGGGUGGUAUCUUGGCAAAGUCCAUUCAAGGAAACGGCCAGCCAACAUUAACGAAGAUAACGAGUUCAGACACUACAAACAUACACUGCAGAAUUAUGAUAAGCACGAUCGCUACGCUCUUGUUGGCAUGGGUAACCUGUACCUGAUGCAGGCAAGAGAAAUGAGGCGAGAGACGGAUCCAGAAAAGCAAAAACGCAGUACGGUGUACGGCAAAGCUGUCGAAUUCUUCGAAAAGGCGCUAUCACUUGACCCCAAGAACGCGUAUGCCGCCCAAGGCAUUGCGAUUGCUAUGAUCGAGGACAAGAAAGACCACAAAACAGCUCUGUCGAUACUGCACAAAGUCCGCGAUACCGUGCAAGAUUCUCAUAUUUUUGUCAACCUUGGGCACACAUAUGCUGAGCUCCGACAGUAUACCAAGGCCAUCGAACACUACGAGAUUGCCCUGACCAGAGAUGGAAAGGGGAAUGACCCUGUUAUCCUUGCAUGCCUUGGCAGAACUUGGUUGAAUAGGGCCAGGACCGAGCGUGAGAUCGAAUUCUAUGACAAGGCACUCGAAUGUGCGAAGAAGGCAUUGGAAGCGGCGCCUGAUCAGGUUCACGCAAAAUUCAACGUGGCGUUCGUGCAGAUCCAACUCGUAAGCGCCAUCUACGGCUUGGCAGAGAAUCGCAAGACAUCGGCGCAGCUCGAAAAGGCGACAGAAGGUCUGGAGGCUGCCAUCGAAACGUUGGAUGAAAUUGCAGCCCACCCACAACCACCUUACCCCAAACAUGAUCUGGAACAGAGAGCUAGCAUGGCCCGAAACACCUUGCGAAAGCAAAUGGAACGAUCAACUCUCCAACAGAAGGAAUGGGAGGAGAAGAACAGGGAAAAGAUCGAGCUGGCUCAGAAGCAAAGACAGGCCGAAAUGCAAAAGCGUGAGGAGGAGCGUCAGAAAGCCCUUGACCAGGAGCGAGAGCGACAGGACAAGAUUCGCAGAGAGCGCGAAGAGAUUCAGGCCAAGGACCGAGAGCGUGCUGAGGAACGCGAGCGGGAGAGGAAGGAGGAAGAAGAACGCAAGCAGGCAGACUUGACAACGGACGAGGAGGGUGAAAAGGUGAAGAGGAAGCGAAAGGCCGCCCCACGCUCUGCCGAGGAUAGACCAAAACGCCCAAGGAAGAAGAAGUCACGGGCCGAUGGGUCUGGUGAUGAGGAUGACAACGCUGACGAGGCCCCUCGCACAAAGAAGAAGCGCCGUCUCACGAAGAGGGACGACCCGAAGGCCAAGUCCGACGCGAUUAUUUAUGACAGCGAUGAGGAGGCAAACUACGAUGCUCCGGACGCCCUCGAGGAGGCUGAGAGGAACCUCAACAGGGAUGAAACACCACUCUCCGAGCUCGAGGAGAUGGAUGUUGACGAGGCAGGCAAGGACGACGAUGAAGACGGUGAGGAGGCAGCUCCUCGUCAGCACAAGAGAACACGCAGGGGGCGCAUCAUUGAUGAUGAUGACGAGGACGAGGAUGAAGAAGCUGCUGCUGCUGACACAAGCAUGAAGGAGGUCGAGGAGGACGACGAGUAG